AUGAACUGGAAGGUUCUUGAUCAUGUGCCUGUACUGCUGUAUAUCUUGGCAGCAAAAACAUUAAUCCUCUGCCUGGCGUUUGCUAGUGUCAAAAUAUACCAAAGGAGAAGAUUGGAAGCAGAACUCCAGAGAGUGGAGGCCAAAAAGAAGCAGCAGCCAAAGAAGAAAGAUAACUGA